AUGGACAGACGCUGUGAUUGUGAUUUCAUCCCCUCCAUGCCCGUGGGAAGUAUAAGAGCACUAGAGAUCACGCCCUUUCCUGUGGUACACGCUGGCGAGGAUUUACCAAGCGGGUGGGAGGAGUUUAUAAGUGCCAAUGACCAACCUCAGUCCCAGUCAGCAUUCUUUAACAGGUUGAUGAAAGACCUGAUCAAGGAGAAAAAACUAAAAUUACAGAAAAAGAAACUCGAGAUACAGCAGCAACAGGAGAAGAUUGAAUUGGAAAGACUGCAAGAAUUGAAGCGGAAGUUCCAGGAGGCUCAAUUUAAGAAAUGGGCGGAGCACGAGAGACAAGCAGAGGAAGAAGCACGUAGAAGAGAAGCAGAGGAAGAAGCAAUUAGAUAUGCAGAAGAACAGUCAAGGAAAGAAGCGGAGGAAGAACAGAGCGAGACCCAGAACGUGCAAUCUGGUCAGACGAUCACCUUCGUGCUUCCUUCAGGGACGAUUGCGUUAGAUAGCCUUCGCCUCUAUUUUGACUACAAGCUCGACUCGACCAACUUCGCACCCCCGAACGUCGAGUCUCUGUUCACCAACAUCCAACUUCAGAUCAAUGGUACAGCAGUAGUGCCUGGAACUCAGAACCUGAACCUUCUGAACAACAUUAAAUUGAACUGGAUGGCGAACGACACGUUCAAGAGGCGUUUCACCAAGAACAACGCUCUUCUCAAAGCAACUGACGUGCGUCCUGCUGGAACUGCUGCUCCUGCUGUAGGAACUGCCAAUACCUCGACGACCUUCUGCCUAACCAACUUCGGCGAAGUGCUCGAGUCCAUCCAACCCCGUGUCAUCUCGACGCAGGUCAUUGGUGGAUCAGUGGAACGGAUACGUCAGGGAAUCAAGUACAACUCGCCUGGCAGACGGUCGGGAGCGGUUAUACCCUACCCGCCCCUGUUGCUCCCAACUCUGACAAUUAACAACCACUUCACCAAAAAAGAUAGAGACGAGGAGAUUCGCGUGCAGGCGUUGCAGAUUUAA